CCUCAUGGCAGCUCCGAAAAGGCUGUGUACGAAUUUUGCUCCAAGUUGGAUAUCCCAAAAUGCUGGGAAUUCGGGAUUUAAGGAUGGUAAAAGUGGACACGGUGAUAAAGUGGAGUCUCUACUGGAUAUUUGUGCUAAAAUUGUGGCGGAAAACAUCCCAUUUCAGACCGUAGAACAACGUUUCGAUCGGAUCCCCGAACCAGUUCAGGGGCGAAUCGUGUUCUGGUCCUUCCCUCGUAAUGAAAAGGAUAUUUGUAUGUACUCCUCCUUCGCAAAUUGUGGGAAGGAUGGCGCAGAGAAUCAAAAACUACCCUUCCACCAAGGAGUAAGACUUCUAGAAAAUGGUGCUGUCGAUAGUGUUUUACAAAUUGGAUUUCACCUUAGUGGAACAGUAACGGAACCUGCCAACCCCUUGUAUACCACUGAGCCAGAUACAACAUAUCAAGUGUCUAUCAGCUUUGAUAGGUGUAAAAUUACCUCAGUAAAAUGUGGCUGUGGAGACAAGGAUAUAUUUUGGUGCAAACAUGUGGUGGCUUUAUCCUUAUAUCGGAUACGCAAAGCCGAAAGUGUACAACUCAGGGUCCCUAUAUCAGAAACACUUUUACAGAUGAGCCGGGAACAACUACAGAAGUUUGCCCAGUAUUUAAUAGCAGAACAUCAUUCAGAGGUCCUUCCAACUGCACAGAAAAUAGCUGAUGAAAUUCUAUGUGCAAAAUCCGAGAUCAAUCUCCUUCCAGGUGCUCCUGACCCGACCGCUGGGGCUUCUGUUGAUGAUGACAAUAGCUGGCAUUUAGAUGAGGAACAAGUACGGGAAACUGUGCGAUCUUACCUGUCUCAAGAUGGCUACAUCACAGUGUCUAAUCAACUCACCUUUAUGUUUGCAAAGGUGAGAGAGAUGCUGCGUGCCAGGGACUCAAAUGGUGCUAGAAUGUUAACACUGAUCACAGAACAGUUCCUGGCCGACCCUCGUCUCCUGGUGUGGAAGUCUCAAGGCCAACCGAUGACAGACAAGUGCAGACAACUCUGGGAUGAAUUAGGUGCUCUCUGGGUGUGUGUCGUCCUGAACCCUAACUCCACCAUGCAGGAUAAAGAACACUGGCAAAAGCUCCUGGAUGAGUGGUCAUCAUGUCCAGUCUGUCCACUGGAGGACGCUGAUGUCCGGCAUGCAGGGGACUUAACUCUCACCAACAUGGGACUCAGUAACUCAGGUCCCUACUCCAAUAAGCCACGAAAGAUAUUCCACCGCGCCCUGACAGCCAGCAAGCUGACAUGGGAGGACAAACACCUCCAGCUGGUUCUUAGGGAGGACUACAGUCAUUGUCUCCAUAACUACCAGUUUGAUCUCUUCAACCAGCAGGGCUUCCCUCUCUGGAAUGAACACUUCCCAACGGCAUGUGCUAGAGUAGAUGCCUUACGUUCCCAUGGUUACAUAAAAGAGUCUUUACGAUUGGCUGUCAGUAUUGUAAGGUCAUUGAAAAAGAAGCAGAAAUACAACCAGCAGAUUUACAAGAGUCACAGUGAGGAAACGCCAAGUACUAGUCGUGGUUCCUGGAAGAAGCCCCCUCAGACCAAUAAUACUGAGGGGUGGAUAGGACAUGCUCUGGAUCCACUGGGUGUUCUUUUUGACACACUCAUGGAGGCGUCGAUCAACACCGAGGACCCCACUCCUACUGAUCCACUAAGUAGUCGCCUUUUUGCUGGUGAAACCCCGAGUUGUCUUCCACCCCGAUACCAUCAUGUGGCCAUCCCGGGUAAUGGAGACCGCCACGAGUCGUACUUGACGUAUGCCCUGGAGGUAGCACUGAUUGGUCUGAGCCAACAAAGACAGAUGCCAACAGGGCUGUAUGCUCAGGAAAAAGCUUGUAAACAGGAAGAAAAACUCAUAGCCAAACUACAGAGUGUGGAGCUCGACCCCACGCUGGUCUCCGUGUUCAGUAAACAGGCCAUCCUCAUGUUAGAAGGGGGUAGUCACAGUGGCCUUGGGAUAGGAAUACACUCGGAGAGCUAUCCCAUGCACACAUUUGCCAAGUUUCUUUUCAACAGCCUCCUACCCCACGACCAGGAUCUGGCUUACAGGAUCGGCCUUCGUGCAAUGAGGUUGCCUGUUCUAGAAGAUACAGAAGAUAUAGAUGAUGGUUUAAAUAAUAUUGGGUCAGCCAUGCUUAGCCGCUUCCCACGUUGGUUUAUCCUCGGUCAUAUCGAAAGUAAACAAUGUGAGCUGUCUUGUACAUUGCUGGCAGCAGCCAAGGGGGACAUCCGAAGGCUACGCACUGUGUUGGAGGUAGCUCACAAGCACAUUCACAGCUCGUCGCAGCUCUUCAAACUCGCCCAGGAUGUGUUUAAGAUAGCCACACCUGCAGACACGCCUAAACACAUGGGCGCACUCAAUGCGGCAUUUGAACUGGGCUUACAGGUGAUGAAGAUGACACUCAUGACGAUGAAUUGGCGUCGGCGUGAGAUGGUACGAUGGUUAGUGACCUGUGCAACAGAGGUUGGAGUUCAAGCAUUGGUGUCAAUCAUGCAGAACUGGUAUGCCUUAUUCCAGCCAAUCGAGGCUACAGGAAUGGUUGCCACGACGAUAAUGUCUCAUACAACAAUGAUGCAGUUGAAUGUAAAUUAUCACCAGCAGGAAGAGCUGGCUAACUGCGCUCGGACAUUAGCACUUCAGUGUGCCACCAAAGAUCCCCAGAACUGUGCCCUGUGUGCUCUCACGUUGUGUGAAAAAGACCCAGUAGCAUUCGAAACAGCCUAUCAAAUAGUCAUAGAGGCUGCCUCACACAUUAUGAACUCCAGUCAAUUGUUUACGAUAGCCCGGUACAUGGAGCACCGAGGCUACCCUAAUCGUGCAUACAAACUUGCCCUUCUCGCCAUGAAAAAUCUACAUCUCGCUUACAAUCAGGACACUCAUCCCGCCAUCAACGACAUUCACUGGGCGUGUGCACUAAGCCACUCGCUCGGAAAAAACGAACUAGCCAAUGUUAUUCCCGUCCUGGUUAAAAAUGUUCAAUGUGCGACAGUGCUAUCAGACAUUCUGCGGAGAUGCACAUUGUCUGCUCCUGGCUUAGCAAGUCAGGAUGGAAAACGACGUGCCAUCAAACUUUUGUCGUAUGACAAGCUUCCGCUACGCCAGCUCAUGGAUGCCACGAUACAUGCCUACAUCAGCACAACACAUUCAAAACUCACACAUAUCAGUCCACGUCAUUACGGUGACUUCAUAGAAUUUCUCAGCAAAGCACGGGAAACAUUUCUGCUGGCUCAGGAUGGACUCAUCAAGUUUGCACAGUUAAUCGAAAAUAUGAAGCUUGUUUAUAAAGGCAAAAAGAAACUCAUGUACCUUAUCAAGGAGAGGUUUGGAUUAUGAUGUCGGUUUUACUGUGUCUAAAGGUUAAUGACAGAGCUGAUCAUUCCACGAGUGUUCUGUGGGCAGUGUCAGGCUGUUUCCUUGGUGCUGGGCAUGUCACUGUCCCCUUUGGUACACGGAGAUCUCCACAUCCCUGCUGGCUUUAGGUACAUAUUAGGUAUACCUGUCUCUGGUGCUAGUCACGUUGUAGGGGAUGACCUAGAGGGGAUGCACAUUGUAUUUCCAAUGUUAGUGUGUGGCGAGAUCUGUGGACAGGAGAGGACUCCGUUCUGGAUAUGCAUACAAGUGAGCUGUGUCAGAAAUAUAAUAACAGCAUAACAGAUCUCUGUGAAAUGCAUUUGGUGUCGGAACAUAAUCAAUGCAUGUGACGAUAGCAUGCCCAAGAUAGGAGUGACAUGUGUGCACACACACUGUAAAUUUACACGGAAUACAUGUGUGCGUAAAUGUGAAUUGUAGGGUGAAGAGGUGUAGUGAUGGAAGGCAACCAGUCAAAUGCCAAUCCCAAAGUUUACACUACAAGGGACCAAGGUUCUUAUAAUCAUUCUUUUCCUAUUACCUCAUCAGUCUGUGAUUUGACAAAGAUAGAUUUGGUGUCGUCUGCCUGCUAAUGUCUUUAUAUACACAAGGCUUACACAUGUACCAUGACAGAAAUCAUUGCCUAUGUUGCAAACUUUGUAUUAUUUCUUGACAAAAAACUCCACCAAUAUUCGUUUUAACUUGUUUAUUUUGAUAACCAUGGCAACAAUACAUGUAGAUUUCUCCCUCCUGAAAUGUUGAUCUAUCUUUGAUCACACCAGCUCGAAUAUAGUUUGUUUCAAUUAUUUCUCAGAUUAUCUUCUUUACUUGUGUAGACUUUAUUUCAUAUUAAUGACACAUUUCUACCUUUUUGAACUAAAGAGUUCAGCUCUGACCUCAAGGUUUAUCAGAAGUCACUGUGAAGGAGAUGAAAGUAGCAUUAUUUAACUUAUAUGAUUGGUCUAAACUGAUUAUAUAGUGUAGAUGUUUUAGAAAGUACGACUGUUUGUUGUUAUUUCCUUUUAAUUUAUAAGGUACAAUUUCUAUAAUAUGUUUUGAAUAAUGUUUCCUCCAAAUUUUCUUUAAGUGAAAUCAGUGGUGUAACUGCAUGCAGUUCUGUUUUGCCUUGCUUCAAAAUGUGGUUCUUUUUCAGGUGGUGCUAAAUGUGUUUUUUUAAGUGUGUAUCUAUGAAAUUGUUCAAAAACUGUUGAUCAGUUUCUUUACUUCAAGUGUAUUUUAAUACAUGUACAGUGAAACGAUGAUGCAAUGAUCAUGAUUUAUAUGUGUGUGUGUGUGUGUGUUCAUAUGUAUGCUUGAGUGUGUAUGAAAAUGAAAUGAUAUUUUGGCCACAAAAACAAACGUUAUAGUUUGUUUAUUAUAUAAGUACGAACUAGGUGUGUGUAAGACAUACAGUAUGUGUGAUUAUAUAUAUAUAUUCCUUAAUAACAAGUAUGAAAGUUUGUUUAUAAUGUAUUCACAGUAGGUAGGAUAUAUAGUUUUAUGUGAGAGAGUGUAAUAGAUGAAUACAUAUUGUAGAAAUAAAAUAUCAAAUUGAAGUUAUUAAAAAUUCGAAUAUUUUAUUAAUAUGGUCCCUAGACAACUUAUUUUCUGUUGAUAUUCUGAAAAGUAAUGUAAAAUUUAUUUAUUUUACAGCAAUAACAAAACAAGUUAUAUCAACUUUUAUUGAUCACUCUUGUGGUCCUGGAUGGAAAUGUAUUAAGGGUCUUAACUUACUGUGCAAGGAAAGCGAGAACUGGGAGAAAAAUCAUUUCACAUCCAAUCAGGGAAUUGAACCUCGGCCACCUAAAGGUGAAAGGCAACUGUGUUACCACUGUACCACCAGACAACCCAAAUUGUAAUUGCAUCACUUAAUGUUUCACUGUACAUGUAAUGUUACUGGAGUUAGCAUUGUAAACACUUUACACUCUAUAGUCUCAAUUAGCAUAUGUAGGGGGUAAAAUGAAAAAUUAACAAUUUUAAUUGUUUAUACGAGAUCUGGAAAUUAGAAUAUGUUUCUGUUUUGUUUUUGGUGAUAUGUUUGUACUGUCGAUACACAUCUAUAUACCGGUAUACUUUACUCUUGCUCUAUAAAGUUGAUCAUAUUUUUUGCAAUAUUUUGUCAUUCAGGGUUUUGUUAAUGAUAGUCAUGUGUUUUCCCUUUCCUGAACAUGUACAUGUUGACCCAAUGUUUUGUAUAUGCCUAUUUUUUUCAUUAUUGUGUAUGGUUGGUAUGUAAACAUACUGGUACUGUCCGUUCGUGUAUAACUUAAGUAGUUGAUGGGAUUCCUUCAUCCUCAUUGUCGUUAUAACCUGAUUCUUCAUUCAUAUUACUGGUUCAUUCCAUUUGUUAUAAAGUUUUCACUUUCCCAAUUCACUAACUUUCAUUUCUUUUCCUUCGAACACCUCUCAGUCAUUUGAAAAAAAUACAAAUUAGCAAUAAUAACAUUCAUUUUGUGCAAUAAAUUCUGGAGGAAGGUAUUAUUUUUAGUGUAUUUGUAGAAAGCUUACCCAAGAUAUCUGUUCAUGAACAGAUUUACCUGUAAAACAGUUCACCUGUACAAAAAUGAUUUACCCAUAUAUCAGUUCAACUGUACAGAAAGGAAAAUACCUGUAAAACAGUUCACCUGUACAUAAAGGAUUUACCUGUAAAACAAUUCACCUGUACAGAAAGGAUUUACCUGUAAAACAGUUCACCUGUACAGAACUGACAUGUUCAAUGUAGUGAACAAUAUGUGAUUAAUUUAUUGAAAUCAAAUCAUUUUGUGUAGACCCUAUUUCAAUGUAAUGAUCUGUAUAGCAUUGGUUUCUGUGUCUAUAUAUAAAGUAUUGGCCAUUUUGAUAAUGGGAAGUGUUGUACAAUAAUAUAUUAAAGCACAACUGUUCCACAGACACGGAGCAAUAGGUUCCAGUCUAUAUUUAUGGUAAACUAUUACAUUUUUAAGGCGAAUGGAAUAUUUUACAAAGAUUGUCAUUAUAAUUGUCUGUUUUAAAUGUUUGUCCAUAAAAUGGACAAUAUUAAUUUCCUGUGUAAUACUAAGUAUCACAGAAUCCAACUAGUUUACCUCUAGUACGUAAGCUACAACAGUAACACCAAAUAUAGCAGACAGUAUCGUGCUAGUCACAGCAUAUCUUAGUAUUUCUUUCCUUUUCACUGCUAGCAUACUUAAGAUCAAGACACAUUGCCUUAUAAAGAAAAUUCUACGACACCAGUAUGGACAGUUUCUUUGAUAAACUUGAUAACAAUGCGUAUGUAAAUGAUACGAUAGCAUUAAAACAAGGAAUAUAUAAUAUCUAUAAAAGUUUGGCCUUAACGACAGCUUAUAUAUCACAGCUGAAACAGUCUACCUCAUUUCAUGAAUUUUUACAUUUUUUUUAACGUUUUAUAUGAGAGAAAAUUUCAAAAUAUAUUUGAAUGUGUAUGGGAAGCUCUGCCUGGAUUAUAAUCAGCCUUGAUUAUGAUCGAGCAGAAAUCUGCAUUAUUUACAUUAGAAUUUGUAUGAUGAGCAUUGUAUGGUAUAUUUUAUUACUAUUAUAUAAUUGGCAUGCUAUAUGCUAGACAUGCAUGUAAACUUGUAAGGCCAGGGGCCUAGGUUUUCUUCUCUUCUCAAACCACUCCUAAUGUGUAUUUUUAGAGCUGGGCACAGUGGUGUGCACAGAGCCUGAGAAUGACAAAAGAAAUAUUUUCAUUCAUUGAACAGUAGAGAGGGUGAAAUGAUGAAAUAUCUUCAUUCAUUUAAUAGUAGAGAGGAUGAAAUUAAAUAUCUUCAUUCAUUGAACAGUAGAGAGGGUGAAAUGAUGAAAUGUCUUCAUUCAUUUAAUAGUAGAGAGUUGCACAAAAUGAUGAAAUAUUUUCAUUUAUUUAAUAGAGAGGUGAACGAAAUGAUGAAAUAUUUUCAUUCAUUGAGCAGUAGACAGGGUGAAAUGAUGAAAUAUCUUCAUUUAUUAAACAGUAGAGAGUGAAAUGGGCUCUGUGUGCACCCUUUAAACAAAUGUCAGUUUUCAAAUUCCGGUACUUUCUUCUUUUUUCAUGUAGAAUCACACUUUAAAAUGAUAUUUUUUGAGCAAAUGCAACAAGCAUAUUUUAGAUCUUAUAUUAAUUAAUCCUAAAUGGUGUAAUUGUGUUUUUAAUAAUUAAUAAUGAUCAACUUCCAAAAACUAACUGCAAAAUUAUAGUUACACUGUAAUAUCAACCAAUUAACACAAAAGUACCUUCAAUUUUGAGUGAAGUUUUUGGAUACAUUUGUUUCAUGCUAGGAACGGCCUGAAGAAUGAGUUAUAAGCCUUUAAUAGUUAAAUGAUUUUCAUUGUCUUUUAAUGUUUCAAUUUUUUGAAGAGAAAUUAUUUAUGAUGGUUGUUUUCUAGAGUUAACCAACAACGGACUGAAGGUUUAGAACCAAGUUGUUUCAAAGAUUAUGAUCUGAUCAUAAUGUGUUCUGAAGUUUGGAUCUGUAGUCUUUUGAAGGUUCUGUCCAGGUGUUCUCAAGUUCGUAACCAAUGGUGUUCAAUGUUGUACACCUCUGUUUUGUAAGGAAUCAUUUCCUAACAAGCCUUUGUCUGUGUUUUAUUUCUAAGUGUUUCGUUGUACCAUACUGAUGAUCUUUAUCAAGCAAAGUAGAAUAGAAAUAUUUUGUGAAAAUUCCAAUUAUCUUAAGAUAAUGAAAUAAAUGAAUUGCCAUAUGCAUUAUUUAAAUCAUUACCAGUAAGAAGUGUUUAGUAUAUCUGACGUGAUAGAAGAAUGAUUAGGUAAAACAUCAUAAUCAUGCUAUUACAUUGCUUUAAUCACAAACUAAUCACUUAUGACAAUAUGCAAAGUAUUUGAAAAAGUUCAGACGAAAAUUAUUCAUAUCGUCUUGCCACGGUCAAAUUUUUUUUUUGUGUACAUUAUACAUGCAAUACUGCUUUUUUAAAAGCAACUUCCAUUUUGAGCAGGGAAUCACGAUAAUGAGUUGAGAGUACAUCAGUCAGCCUUGUUUUGUUUGCUAUAUAUGGUACAUAUGUCAUGUGACCAGUUUUAGUGCUCCGUUCUAUUUAUAGUUGAUUACAUUUUGUAGAAGUCUAGUCUAAAUGUAUUGUGUACAAGAGGUGUACAUAUUAAUGAUAAUGUGUAUCUGAUUGUCCCCAAACAGAUGUUGGUUAGGUGCCAGUAAUGAAUGGUGAAAAUCUAUUAUAUUGUCUGAUUGGGGAAGAAGAAUGACCAAUAAAAAAUAGAAACUAA